CUACAGAGUAUUCCCUACAAUAUUUUUUUUUUACUGUGGCAUCUAUAAUAGUUUGUUUUACACGCCAAUAAUAUUCCAUAUACAGUGAUUUGCAUUGGGGGUAUUUGGCGUGUUGCAAAUGUCACUUAAAUAUUUAUAUUGUUCAUGUGAAGGCAAUUAUUCGGUUAUUGACAUGUUCUACUUUUACGCGGGGGACUUUUAUUUUGAACAUUUCAGAUCGUCAUGUCUUCCCUCUGGGUGGGUGUUGUAGAAUUUGGAUUUACCUGUAGCCGCAGGUAAUAACCUACACGGGCAGACGAAGGAACAGAACACUGUGGAAUUUACCAAAAGAAGCUUAGGGUUGGUAGGUAGUUAUAUGUCUUGGAAUCGGCUGACUUUGUUGUGAAGAAAACACAGGUGGAGAGUUGAGAAACAGAUACACACAAACUCGACUCAAAGGAAGAACGUUUUCCUUACGGACUUCCGUAAUUUUAUCGGCGUCAAGAGUUGCCAAAAGUAACCCAAGCGAUUUAUGCGGUCCCGGGUGCUUUGAGCCAUGCCUGGCCACAGCACAGGGGCUCCUCAGAAGUCCCGCCACGACAAACAGCGCAGGGGACACAGCACCAGGGCUGACGGCUACAAGCAGGGCCGCACCAUCUCUAGAGACAGUACUGCCAGCCAAGAGCCCUACAAGGACCCCCAUGUCGACCACAAUACACGGGAACAGUAUAAUGGUGACCACACCCGUCACUCUGAGGGCCAGCAAGGCCGCAGGGGAACCCCCCCAACUCGACGCGUCAGCGGGCGGGGGUCAGUGACACUGGGGUUCAUCCCUGGCUCAGCGGACUCACCCCAGAGCUCAAAUGCAUGUGGCUCCUGUGCCUCUAUGGGCUGGAGUGGCUGCAAGGCUCUCCUCUGCUGUGUCCUCACCUGUGGCUUCUGUGGCAGCCGGGAUCUCUGUCUGCCUGUCAACAACGAGAGCUCCACAGACCACCCCGGAAAGGCUGACUCUGAGCAGCCCCACCCCCCCAACGGCGUGGCCGUGUCCAACCCCACCUGCGGCAUCCCUCUGGAGCCCAGCAUGAAGCCAGCCAAGCAGUCCUCCAAGCUGCCUCCCAGUGACAGCUUCCGCUACAAGGAUGUCCGCAUCGGGGGCCAGACGGUGGUCUAUCCCACGUCGUCGGGCCCCAAGCGGACGCGUCCUGGCGGCAAGGGCGACAGCCAGCGUCCCGUCAGCAACACCAGCACCAUCUACUCCCGGGAGGACCUGGAUCUGGACGACCUGAGCGAUAGCGGCACGGACAUUGACUCGCUCAUCACUAAGAAGCUUCUAGAGCUCUACGCGCUGCACCAGAUCGACCAACUGGCCAAGUGCACGUCGGACUCGUCGUUCUCAAGGAAGACCAAUGAGAUCAGCGAGCUGAUCUGCAGCAUUGCUCAGGACUACAACCUGGAGCAGCGGGAGGCAGAGUGCAGGCUGGUGCACGGCGUCAUCCGCAUCAGCACGCGCAAAGGCAAGAAGAACAAAAACUCCAAUUCCCAGGCCCAGGAGCCAGUGCACCAGCAGCCGCGAGCAAACGGAAGGAACGACCGAGGGACCCUCCUUCCUGACAGUGGCAAUGAAACAAUGACGUACACCUUUAACAGCAGUGAGAUGGAGCCUGAGGUGAAAGUGUCGGAGCUGACACGGUCGGACGAACUAGCCAGGAAGAUGAGGCACUACAGUGGAAUAAAUGACUCCUCCAGCUCAGCUGCAGCCUACUCUCACUACCAGCAUGACACAGAGACUGACUCGUCAGGGGCCCCAUUGCUGCACGUCCUCUGAACGUCAUGACAAGGUCAACACAACGUCCAGGGCACAACAUUCUCACGGGCCUCAACCGAAGUGGGGCCGGCUGUUGUGUGAUGGUGGGAAAUGUUUGUUGAUCAGCCUAUUGUUCCUCCAACACUGUCAUGCUUCCCUGGAACUGUAGUAGAAGGCCAUCUAUAGAGACAGAGAGGAUCUUACGUGUGGGACUAUUGAAGCCAUCUCUUCACUCUGGUGUGGAAUCAGCAUGUCCUUCCAAACCAUGGAACCGUGAGUGAAGCCUGCUUGCAAUGGGGAAGGGAGAGAUGGUGGCACCACUCUACGGGUGCACAAUUGGCACAUAUCUGAACAUCUGAAAAACAAGGGGAUUUUUUUUAAAUAUUUUUUUUUAACGGGAAAACUAUGGACUUUUUUGUAUUUGCAUGCUAUGUUGUAAGUUUUUAUACCACUUAUGUUGUUGCCUUACCACUCCAAGCAGAGACACUAAAACCACCCCAUGCCAUUUUAACUCCGUUCUCAGUAAAGUGACUGAUUCUAAUGCCUAACUGUCCCUGUUUAAGUGUGCAUGUGACAGCAUUUGGUCACUUUUUAAACAAAAAAAGUCAAUCUAUGGGUACAUUUUUAUAAAAAUAAUAAAAGGAAUGAAUCCUCUUGCCUGUUUAUGCCAACUUGCUACUGUUUAAUUAAACUGUUUAUCUAAUAUAUGAUAACUAUAUUAACUUAAAUCUAAUACAGUAUGCUUAUUGUUUCGGUAUGUACAUUGGAUUGCAUCCUAACUUGAGAUCGAGCUCCAUUGACACCUGUGUUUAACUCAAGUCAAGUAUUGGAUUCGGGCCAUUGAGUCUUGAAAAUUGCUAUGUGCUGCUUAUGUUUAUGCACAUAUGUCUAUUAUUGAGGAAGACUUGGGAUUUUGUGUUUUUGCUGUUGGGCUAGUCUCUCUCUGUCAUUUGAUCAGAUUUCUGUUAAUGGUCAGCUAUGCAGCAGAAGGGGCAAAAAGAGCUAGUGUAGGCUUUACGUUUGGAAGAGGCCUGUACUGGUUGUUUAUUGUCAAGCUUUCAAUCAUUCCUUCCCAUGUAAUGUGUUAACUUAUAUUAUUUCAGCACUAACUACUCCUGCACACUUGUUUUGCCUGCUCACCCUGUCACAGCAACAUGCCUCUGCAACGUUGUCGGGCUACCUUAUCAGUACCUCUGUAUUUCUCCCCAUCUCUCAUUACUGUUGUCAUCCUCUCCCCCGGUCAGUGUGUUGUCAGCCUAUUUCCGCCCUCAGAGAAAAAGGAGGAACUCGUUUGACUGGUUUUUCACAAAAGGAUCUAAAAUCCUGCCGUCUGUCCUGAGUAGUUCAUCGCAGAGGGGAGCAUUAUCAAGAAAAUGAACCUGCUUUUGAGAAUGAAUCAGUCGCAAAGCUCUGUGGGGUUUUGUUCCUGUUUUCCCUGGCUCUGCCCCCUCUGCAUUCCAGUUCUACCUGUGUGAGGUGUCAUGAAAUUAUAGUUAUUUCACAACUAACACCUCAUGCCAGGUCACAUGACCGUAUACAUACCUUCUCUAAACCGAUUGGCACAGAGAAUGUAUCUUUUCAUGGACGUUGACACAUUUCAAUAAGCAUACAAAAUUCCCAAGUUGUCCGUGGAUAACGGAUUUGUGUCAUUGAGUUUAUCAUCUUGAUGUCUGCCUGAUUAUGUUUGGAAGAAUUGAAUUGUGUUAGAAACAUUAACCUAAUGAAGGUUACAUCCGAAUCCUGCUUGUCCUGGUGUCAGUUUAAAUGACCACCACAGGAGGGAGCAGCAUACCACAAUAACUGAAAAUUGUUGCCCUGCUCCAGCUUAAAGGGGUAAUGCACCUGCUGAUUUCGGCCUUGUUUUUUGGCUUGCUCCUCAAGAAAUGGUGGCGGACGUGACUGAAGCCAAACGCGAGUUGGUUAUGAUGUGUGGUUGGAUAUGGGUGUUUCUUGGUUGUGUGGUUGGAUAUGGGUGUUUCUUGGUUGUGUGGUUGGAUAUGGGUGUUUCUUGGUUGUGUGGUUGGAUAUGGGUGUUUCUUGGGUCUGCCCUUGCUACACCAAGACACACCUAUCUGUCAGAACCUUGCCCGCAGCUGUUUCUCCUCACGCAAUCACCAACAAAACCUCCAGCAGGUUGAGUUUAAUAAAUACAGGCAGAUGUAUGGUGAGACACCGGAGGAAGCUUUGGAUAGGUCAGUAGCAUACAGAGUAAUAUGAGAAGAAUGCAAUUGCUGAAUAUAUGUCGACAUAUUCUAAACUAAGUGUUUUGAUAACUUUCAUAUGUAUUAACAGGUUCAUGUUGAAUAAACGACAUAAUUCCACAGAA